GUCAACAACAAUAAGAUUGUGAUAAAGUUAGGUUAGGUUAGGUUAUAUUUUCCGGUGUUGUGUUUUAACCUGUCUUAUUAUAGAUUAAAAAACACUUAAACAAGUUGAGUUUAUUGUAUGAGAAGAUUGUUAAUGAUUGAAAGCUAAUCAUGAAUGCCCUAGCCAGAAGCGUAAUGAACAUAGCAAGAACUUCUAUAGCAAGUUCCAUCCAAGGUGCAAUCAGUUGUGGUAGUCAAUCAAGUUUAACAAAAGUCUACGGCAACAGCUAUAUCCAAGGGAACAUAUUAAAUGCCACAAGGAUAUGCGUAAAUAAUGUCUUGCAAGGAUUGAGUCAAAUAAGAUUACGUACUACAUUGUGGAAGUUACAUAAGAAUGGACCGUAUAUAAAGCGCAAAAAAUCAACAAAUCCUCUUGAUGGUAAACCAUUCAUGAAAGGUGUCGUAAUAAGAACUCUCAUUAAAAAACCAAAAAAACCUAACUCUGCGAAUCGAAAAUGCGUUCUUGUCAGGUUAUCGAACGGUAAAGAGAUGUUUGCGUAUGUUCCUGGGGAAGGACACAAUCUACAAGAACAUAACAUAGUGCUCUGCAGAAAUGGACGACUGCGAGAUACACCUGGUGUUAAGAUAAAAUGCGUGCGUGGUAAAUACGACCUGCCACAUGUAUCUAAACGUGAAUAGUCUAUAAUUGUUACUUACUAACACAGAGUGUGUUACAUCGAAUUGCGUUAGAACAUGAUGUACUAUUGUACAUGUCAAAAUCAUUAUUAUUUUAUUAACUAUGUACAGUUUUUAUGAUAAAAAUAAAUAUAAUAC